AUGAGUAAAGCAUCAGAUUUAUUACCACAAAGUGCAGGUUAUGGUGUCUUAGUUGGUGUUGGUGCAUUCUUCGCCUUAUUUAUCAUCAUUGCAACAAAAUUAGCUAAAAAGCAUUUAAAUGAAGAUGCUCAAUCAACAGAAAUGUUCAUGGUUGCUAAUAGAUCCGUGGGGAUUGGUCUAACAGCAUCAUGUGUUUAUUCAAGUUGGACAUGGGCUACAGAAAUUUUAUGGCCUGUUACAAUGGUUUAUCUUUAUGGUGUUCAAGCUGCUUUUUGGUUUGGUGCUGGGUUAGCUAUUCAAAUUACUUUAAUGUCAUUAUUAGGUAUUGAAGCUAAAAAGAAAAUUCCGGCAGGUCAUACAAGUUUAGAAAUUGUUCAAUUAAGAUAUGGUAGAACUGGUCAUAUCUUGUAUACUAUAUUAUGUUUGAUUAAUAACAUUGUCUCUGCAAGUUCAAUGAUUUUAGGUGCUGCUGGUGCUAUUAGUGCUCUUUGUAAUGGAUUACAUAUCGUUGCUUCUACCUUGUUAAUCCCAUUUGGUGUUUUAUUAUAUACCGCCGUUGGUGGGUUAAAAUCAACUUUUUUAACAGAUUAUGUCCAUUCAUUAAUCUUGUUAAUUAUAAUGACAUACAUUUUAACUGCUUCAAUUCAAAGUGAACAUAUUGGUGGUAUUAGUGGAUUAUAUGACAAAUUAGUCACAAAGGAAAAUGCAGGUGAAUUAAGAUAUAUCGAAGGAAACUAUAAAGGUUCUUUCCUUACAGGGAAAUCUCAAGGUGCUUUAUUCUUUGGAUUAAUCCAUUCAAUUGGUGAUAUGGGUCUUACAGUUAUGGAUUCUUCAUUUUGGCAAAAAUCUUUUAGUGCAGAUGUUAAGGCAAGUGUUCCUGGUUAUUUAAUUGCAGGUGGAUUAAUUUAUGCAAAUGUUUGGGCUUUAGGUAUGGUUAUUGGAUUAGGUAAUGUUGUAUUGGAAGAUAGUCCAAUUUUCCCUACUUAUCCAAAUAAAAUGACUGCAUUUGAAGUGAAUUCAGGAUUUGGUUUAAUUUAUACUAUUAAAGCAUUAUUGGGUAAUGGUGCCUUAGGUGGGCUUUUAUUAGUUUUAUAUUUAUCAGUUACUUCAACUUUUAGUGCACAAUUAAUUUCUGUUAGUUCAAUUAUAAGUUUUGAUAUUUAUAGAACUUAUAUCAAACCAAAUGCAAAUAAUAAACAAUUAAUUAAUGUUUCACAUUUAGGUGUGGUGUUUUUUGGGUUUUUCGCUGCUGGUUUUUCAAUAAUGUUACAUUAUGCCGGAGUUGAUAUGACAUGGUUUGGUUAUUUUUAUGCAAUGUUAAAUUGUCCUGGUGUUAUACCAAUGAUUUUUUCAAUUACAUGGAAACAUCAAACUAAAACUGCAUUUAUCGUAAGUCCAAUCUUGGGUAUUAUAGGUGGGUUAGCAGUUUGGUUAGGUACAGCUAAUGCUCUUUAUGGAGAAGUUUCAAUUAAAAGUACCGGUCAACAAUUACCAUGUCUUUAUGGUGGGUUAACUGCAUUAUUCGUUCCAGGUAUUUCCACAAUUAUUAUAAGUUUAAUUAAACCUGCAAAUUAUGAUUGGAAUCAAAUGAAAUCACAAAGUGAAUUAAUUAUUGUUCAAGAUGAUGGAUCUUCAGAUAAUUCAAUUAAAGAAAAAUCUUCAACAACAAAUCAAACAACAACUGAAUCUGGUGAUUUAGAAUCAAUAGAUCCAAAUACGGAUAAAAUCAUUGAAAAAUAUAGAAAAAUUGCAUUAUUUGCUACUAUAUUUGUUUUAUUGAUAACUUGGGUUGUAUGGCCAUUACCUUUAUAUCGUGAUUAUAUUUGGAGUGCAAGUUUUUUCAAAGGUAAUGCAGUUGUUGGGUUUAUUUGGUUGUAUCUUGCUUUAUUAGUCAUUGGUGUUUUCCCAUUAUGGGAUGGUAGACAUGCUUUGACUAAAGUUUUUAGAGGAGUUUUCAAACUUAAUAAAGAUAGAGUACCUACAGAGUAA